AUGAAAGGGUUUGCAAAGGUGAUGAAGCGGACGCCGCACAUUGUCACGUCCAAGGUCGGCUUGGCGGCGAAGUCGACGGACGUGGAGUUUGACCAUCUCAAGCGCAAGUUUGAGGCGAUGGAGCGCCUGGCGCACCAGCUGACCAAGGAGGCGACGACGUAUCUGGAGGCGGCCAAGAAAAUGCUCUCGUCGAGCCAGUUGUAUGCGCAAGAGUUCAGUGCGCUCUUCCACCCCUUCGGCACUGAGUACGACCUGGAGCGCCGCCACCCCGAGGCGGUGCAGACGCUGGUCAACCUGACCGGCUACGUGACGUACGUCGACGACCUGCGCGAGGCGCUGCGCCCCGAGAUGGAGCUGAUUGCCUCGCGCGUCAUUGCCCCUGCGCAGGAGCUCGAGGUGAUGAUGAAAGGCGUGUCGAAGGCGAUCACGAAGCGCGACCAUAAGCUGAUCGACUUUGAUCGGCACAACAACUCGUACACCAAGCUCAAGGACAAGCAGAACCGCUCCGCGAAGGACGACCAGGCGAUGUUCAAGCUCGAGCACGACUGCGAGGCGGCGGCCGCCGACUACGAGCACCACAACAACCUGCUCAAGAGCGAGCUGCCCCGGUUCCUCGACAUGGCGACGCGGCUCGUUACGCCGCUUUUUUACUCGUUCUACUACAUGCAGCUCAACAUCUUUUACACCUCGAUGGAGCGCCUGCAGACGUACGCGCAAGGCAAGUUUGAUCUCUCGGAGAACAACCUCAUUGCGCACGAGCACAAGUACGCGCUGAGCCUCCAAAACGUCGUCACGCAGCUCGAGGGGCUCUCGAUCCAGAAGCCGACGCCCCCUUCGGCGCGCAUCCUGCAGAUGGCCAAGUCGGGCCAGUCGCUCAGCUCGCUGCCCCCGAUGAAGAGCGCCGCGGGCUACCCCACCGAGCCGCUCUCCUCGUCCAAGCCCGCCCCGGCCGCGGUGGGGGCGGCGCCUGCGCCUGCGCCCCCGCCCGCGUACCCCGGCGGCGCGGCGCCGGCGGAAAAGGCGGCCGACUACGUCGUGGCACUGUACGACUACACGGCGACCGCCGCGGGCGACCUCACGUUCAAGACGGGCGACCGGAUCGAGGUUGUGGAGCGCACCGCGUCCACCGAGGACUGGUGGACCGGCCGGCUGAAUGGUAUGCAAGGCGUGUUCCCAGGCAACUAUGUGCGCAACGCCUAG